AUGGCUUCCACACGGUUAACUGUCUUAACUCAAUUCGUUAAAGGUCGCUAUAUUUGCCAACUUCAGCGCAUAACACUUCGCUAUUGUAAUAAAGGAGGAAGUAGUCGAGGCUUAAGAGAAUAUAUCAACUCCAACGCGGUCGAUUUCGCCCAAAAAAAUCCACAAGUAGUUGUCUACGUUCGACCGAGACCUUAUAGACAUCCUUCAAUCAUUGCUGAAUUUCUCAAUGGUAAACAUAAGGCCAUUUCUGUUAAAAAUUUAUCACGCGCGGAAAUAAACAAUAAAGUUGAGCAACUGCGUAAUUCGUCAGGAAUAACCAGAAAGAAGAUGAAAAGAUGGUGGCAUACUGAUUCUCCAUCUAUUCAAGGAGUAUGGACUCCUUUUGAUAGUUUACCGUAUAAAAAUUAUUAA